AUACCUUCAAAAUUUGAACGUCGUGCCUCCCUUCAUUUUGGGUUAAAUUUCCUUGCCGAUUCAUCACCCUUCCGCUUUCUUGGUGCCUUCCCAGGAUGAACUCCGUGGAGAUGCAACCAGGGUACAAGAAAUUAGAAAAGGCAGAUGGUUCUGCAAACUCUUUGGAUGAUGAUAGGACGGAGGAGCAGAAGAAGAUCGACGACUGGCUCCCGGUCACAUCGUCAAGGAACGCCAAGUGGUGGUACUCUGCCUUCCACAAUGUCACCGCCAUGGUCGGCGCCGGCGUGCUCAGCCUUCCCUACGCCAUGUCCGAGCUCGGCUGGGGCCCUGGCAUCGCGGUGCUGGUGAUCUCGUGGGUGAUCACGCUCUACACGCUGUGGCAGAUGGUGGAGAUGCACGAGUGCGUGCCCGGGAAGCGGUUCGACCGGUACCACGAGCUCGGGCAGCACGCCUUCGGGGAGAAGGUCGGCCUCUGGAUCGUGGUGCCGCAGCAGCUCGUCGUGGAGGUCGGCGUCAACAUCGUGUACAUGGUCACCGGCGGCAAGUCGCUCAAGAAGUUCCACGACGUGAUCUGCGACAGCAAGUGCAAGAACAUCAAGACCACCUACUUCAUCAUGAUCUUCUCCUCCGUACACUUCGUCCUCUCCCAGCUGCCCAACCUGGACUCCAUCUCCGGCAUCUCCCUCGCCGCCGCCGUCAUGUCGCUGUCCUACUCCACCAUCGCGUGGGGAGCGGCCGUGGACAAGGGGAGGGUGACCGACGUGGACUACAGCGUCAGGGCCACCACGACGCCCGGGAAGGUGUUCGACUUCUUCGCCGGGCUUGGCGACGUAGCGUUCGCGUUCGCAGGGCACAACGUGGUGCUGGAGAUCCAGGCCACCAUCCCGUCCACGCCGGAGAACCCGUCCAAGAAGCCCAUGUGGAAGGGUGUCAUCGUCGCCUACAUCGUGGUCGCCCUCUGCUAUUUCCCCGUCGCGCUCAUCGGCUACUGGGCGUUCGGCAGAAUUGUUGAUGACAACAUCCUCAUCACCCUCUCCAAGCCCAGGUGGCUCAUCGCCAUGGCCAAUAUGAUGGUCGUUAUCCAUGUCAUCGGAAGCUACCAGAUUUACGCGAUGCCGGUGUUCGACAUGAUCGAGACCGUGCUGGUGAAGAAGCUGCGGUUCUCGCCCGGCCUCACCCUCCGCUUGAUUGCCCGGUCAACCUAUGUUGCGUUCACGAUGUUCAUCGGCAUCACCUUCCCAUUCUUCGGUGGGCUGCUCGGGUUCUUCGGCGGCUUUGCCUUUGCACCGACUACCUACUUUCUUCCGUGCAUCAUGUGGCUAACCAUCUACAAGCCCAAGAAAUUCAGCCUCUCAUGGUGCAUUAACUGGGUCUGCAUCAUCCUUGGGGUGUGUCUCAUGGUUCUGGCGCCCAUCGGAGCUCUCAGGCAAAUCAUCUUGAAAGCCAGCACAUACGAGUUCUACUCAUAGAUCACUAUUACAAUCACCAUCACUCAUCCUAUCGUUUAGAUUCGUGAUUGUUGAAAGCAAUUAAUCUAUUUCGGCAUCGAUCUACUACGAACAUUUUUUUGCCUAGUAAAGAAAACAAAAGGAAGAAUAUAGUAGUACAACGGAUUGUUAACUAUGGAAACGACGGAUGGACCAUUCUUUAAUGUGUGUUAGUCAAAGCAAAAGAAAAAAGGGAUGUACGUAGUUGGGGUUAAACAUACGAAAUGUGUCCGUAUUUGUUUUGACCUUCUGUUGUGCACAUAGCGGACAGCUCUUGUCUAUACAAUUCAUGGUUUGCUGUAGUGGUACUUUGACAUGAUGUGUUCGGUGUGGUUAAAUACAUGAUGUACUCAAUCUCUUUUUAUAGUUAGAAGCCUAAUGCACCCAAACAGAUGCACGCCACGUUUGUGUCAUGUGUGCCCAUCUUGUUCAUGUACUUAAAGAUUUAUCUAAAGUUGAAUGCGUCUAGACAUGAUUUAGUGUC